CUUUAGCAGUGCGCAUGCUCUGUUCCACAAGCCAGAAGACGUGACCAUCCUCAAACAUGUCGAUGUGGCUUUAAUUUGAAAGAGUAUUGAGUCAAAGUUUGUAAACAGAGGUCACUAUGGAUAUGUUUGCAGUUCUCUUGCUUUGUAUGUUCAGCCUCGUUUUGGCAAACCAAGAGGAGCGAUUGCCAAAUAAAUGCGAGGUUUGUAAAUUACUGACGGUGGAGUUGCAGGACGCCCUAGAAAAAUCCGGCCGCUCGAAGGAAGUUUUAGAGAUCGGAGAAGUUUUGGACACUGGAAAGCGCAGGCGCAAAAUCAAAUACAACACUUCAGAGACACGACUCACUGAGGCCAUGGACAACAUCUGUGAAAGAAUUCUGCAGUAUAAAGUCCAUGCGGAGAGACCAGGAAGCCUUCGCUAUGCCAAAGGCACAAGUCAAACCAUGAACACACUUAAGAACCUGGUGGAUAAGGGAGUGAAGGUAGAGCUGGGUAUCCCGUAUGAACUGUGGGAUGAACCAUCAGUGGAGGUGGCGGAGUUGAAGAGACAGUGUGAGACCAUGUUAGAAGAGCAUGAAGAGGUUGUGGAGAACUGGUACUUUCAUCGCCAAGAAGAGAAACUUGAACAAUUCUUCUGUGCGACCCAUGUCCUCAGAGACUCGGACCAAGAGUGCCUGAAUGAGGUAUGGAAAGGUGACAUGGGAAUGAAAGGAUCUAAAGAAGAGGGUGAGGGAGGACGGACCCACGAUGCUGGAGAACUGUGAAAGCAGAGCCAUAAUGGUUGAUGAACGCGGCCAACCUGUAUGACGUACUUGCACAAAGCUAUAUAGGAACCGAGGAAACGUCAAAGAACGCAUUUUCUCAAGCAUCAGUGCAUUUUCCAAAUCUGGGGGAUGUGAACUGUUGUUUUACCUCUUUGUCCAUAGAGACAUUUUUAUUUUCUUAUUGUUAUGCAUUGUUAAAGAAUGUGCCUAUUAUUGUGUACCGUCUCAUGUGUUAAAGCAGAUACAACACUAACAGUUUUUAAUGAUAGACCAGUCUGGGAAUUGUAUUUGUACUGAUCGUUACUGCACAACCAUCAUGCACAAACCAAACAGAUGGUUUUAUUUUUGUAUUUUGGGAUACUUUUAUAAUAUUUUCCUCAUGUGAAAUGUACAGUAACCUUUUAAAUGCCUUGUUGCUAUAAAUCAUAAGUUUGUGCCUUA